CGGGAGCGCAGCCGAGCCCGAGCGGAGCAGCGCUCGCCGCGGCCCGAUGGAGCGCUACAAAGCCCUGGAGCAGCUGUUGACGGAGCUGGAGGACUUCCUGAAGAUCCUGGACCAGGAGAACCUGAGCAGCACCGCGGUGGUGAAGAAGGUCAGCCUGGCUGAACUCCUGCGCCUCUACACCAAAGCCAGCGGUGCUGAUGAGGAGUACAUUUACAUGAACAAAGUGACGGUCAACAAGCAACCGGAUGCCAAAUCCCAGGACAAAGAGCCCGAGACGCAGAGCCUGCUCACCAAUGGGGAGCCCAGUCAGCACUCCACAGCCCCCCAGAAGAGCCUGCCUGACCUCCCGCCACCUAAGCUUGUAAGCGUCGUCCCUGAAGCCCUUGUGUCCACUGCCUCAGGCCUGAGAACUCCUUCCCGCUGGGUCCACAGACUUUCUCCUUUUGACAGGCCUGUCUUCCUCACAGAGGACGGAGAGGCUGUGAGCAGCUCUUACGAGUCCUAUGAUGAAGAGGAGAGCAACAAGGGCAAGUCGGCCCCCUACCAGUGGCCCUCACCCGAGGCCGGCAUCGAGCUGAUGCGGGAAGCCCGCAUCUGCGCCUUCCUGUGGAGGAAGAAGUGGCUGGGCCAGUGGGCCAAGCAGCUCUGCGUCAUCAAGGACACCAGGCUCCUGUGCUACAAGUCCUCCAAGGACCAAAGCCCGCAGCUGGACGUGAGCUUGGUGGGCAGCAGCGUCGUCCACAAGGAGAAGCAGGUGCGGAAAAAGGAGCACAAGCUGAAGAUCACGCCCCUGAACGCCGACGUGAUCGUGCUGGGGCUGCAGAGCAAGGACCAGGCUGAGCAGUGGCUCCGGGUCAUCCAGGAGGUGAGUGGUGUGCCUUUGGAAGGCGAGUCAGAAGGAAAUCAGUGUGUCCCAGAGAGCCAGCGCCUCACCUGUCUGAAGCUGGAGGUCGCAGAGAAGUACCUGUCACCCUCUGAUUACGUGGCCACACUGAGCAGACAUCCCCCUUGGGAACCGAGUAAAGAUGUGCAGAAGAAAUACUCUGCUGGCCUCAGACUGAGCAACCUGAUGAGCCUGGGCAGGAAGAAGUCCACCUCACUGGAGCCCACUGGGCAGGCCCUGGAGACGUCCAGUUACCUGAACGUCCUGGUCAACAGGCAGCGGAGACCACGCUGGUGUUCCAUCAAGGACAGCCACCUGCACUUCUACCAAGACCGGAACAGGAGCAAGGCUGCCCAGCAGCCCAUCUGCCUGCUGGGCUGCGAGGUGGUCCCAGACCCCAGCCCGGACCACCUCUAUUCUUUCCGCAUCCUCCACAAUGGGGAGGAGCUGGUCAAGCUGGAGGCCAAGUCUUCUGAGGAAAUGGGCCACUGGCUGGGCCUCCUGCUCUCAGAGUCGGGCUCCAAGACUGACCCCGAAGACUUCACCUAUGACUACGUGGAUGCUGACCGGGUCUCCUGCAUCGUGACGGCUGCCAAAAACUCUCUGUUCCUGAUGCAGAGGAAGUUCUCGGAGCCCAACGCGUACAUCGACGGGCUGCCCCAGCCGGGCCAACAGGAGGAGCUCUAUGACGAUGUGGUCUCGUCCAAGCUGACGGCAGCGGUGAACCCCCUCGAGGAGGGCAGCUCCACCGGAGUGGAUGGUCCAGGUACCAGUGAGUCUGACCGAGUCUACCUGGACCUCACGCCCAUCAAGUCGUUCCUCCACAGCCCCACUGGCGGCCAAGUCCAGGCCGUGCCCCAACUGGACAACCUGGCCAAGGCCCUUCCUGCGGACCCAGGGCCGGUCCCAGACGAGCUCCCAGAGAUGGCUGCAGAGCCGCGUGAGGAGCAGAGGCAGCAGGAGAGCCCGGAGCCUGAGGAGCCUUGCCCGAGGGGCACCACCGUCAAGAUCCAGAUGGAACAGCAGAUCUCCUUCCCCGACACGGUGGCCCUGCCCCCCGCCGGGGCCAGCCCCCCAGGGAAGGACAGGCUGCGGGGGGCUAGUGCAGAAAUCAAACUGGGCAAGACCAGGACGGAGGCGGAAGUGAGGCGGUACACAGAGGAAAAGGAGAGGCUGGAGAAGAGGAAGGAGGAAAUCCGGGGACACCUGGCUCAGCUGCGGAGAGAGAGAAGGGAGCUGAAAGAGACGCUGUCCAAGUGUACAGACAAAGCCGCCCUGGCCAGCCUGGAGCAGCAGCUGAGGGACAUCGACGAGGAGUGCCGGGUGGAGGAGCGCAGGCGAGUGGACGUGGAGCUCACCAUGGUGGAGGUGAAGGACAACCUCAAGAAGGCCGAGGCGGGGCCUGUGACUCUGGGCACUGCUGUGGACACCACGCACCUGGACAGCGGGAGCCCCCGACCCAAAGCUGCCACCCUGACCCCCGUCCUCGACUGUACCCCCGUCAACGCGGCCACCGCGCUCAAGAACAGGCCUCUUUCUGUCAUGGCUGCCGGCAAAGGCACGGUCCUCCAGAAAGCCAAGGGUGCUGAUGGAAAGGUAUGUGCCCUGGCUCAGGUAUCCUCAGCCUGCACCGUGCCCUCUCCAGGCAGGUUCUCACAGGAAUGGGAGAAGAAAGGAGCCAGCUAGGAGACAAGCUUCAUCUCUGGACUAUUGCAUCCACCCCGACCUCCGUGACAAUCCUGCUUCCUGAAAGGCUUUGUUACAACAGCACCUCUCUGAAAGGGGCCUCUGUUCAGAAGAACAUGAAACCAGGGUGCUAUGUACAAGUGGAGAGCUUUGGCCAAGAAGAGACCCGGCCCCUUCUCAGCACCAGGGGCACUAACACAAGAACAAUGACUUUGUGUCUAUCUCUGAAGUCACAGAGCGACAGCUUCUGCAGGCCUGGUGGAAGAGAAGGUAGUGGGGGCCCUCGUGUCCACAGGCCAGGUGGCUCCAUGGACAGAGAACACCUAGACCUCCGAGCCAUCGUCUCGCCCCCAAAUGUAGCCGCAUUGAGGGAUGGACUGUCUCCACUCUGCAGGCCCGCGGGGACCAUCUACAACAGACUUCUUGAAAACCGGUAGCAGAAGAGAACUUUGAGAUCCCUGUCCCAACUCUAUCAGUAACUUUUUUGUGUGUGGGGGGGGUGGAAUCCUAAGACAGGUCUCAAUCGAUUACUUUUAGAUAUUAAGUGAUGCUGUAUGAUAUAGAAAAGUGGAACUUAGAGUGAAAAACUUGGCUGGAGAUUUACCUUUUUAUAUUGUCAUAGAAAGCAAGUACCCUGUGUUUACAGAUCCAUGCCUGGUGGCCCGGCCGUUGGAAGGGAAGAGGUAACUUAAUGUCACACUCUUAAUCCUUGGUGUGCUUGGCGAGGUUGUGUGUUUAACACGAGUUGAAACAUUUUAUCUGUCGCCUCUGCCUCGCGUCUGGGAAAGUUCUCUGAGAAAGAAAGGUCAUUUGGAGUAUCACUGUCUUUCUAAUCCCAGGACAUUUCUUUCGUCAGAUUUUUAUAAAUAAAAUUUCACUUGUCGUUCGGA